AUGCUCAAUCCUUUCUUCAUCUUCAUACAGGUGUUCGUGCAAGGGCAAGUGUGCAUGGGCGAUGGCCUUCCGAUACUCAUUGAACACCUUCCUUCGACAACGUCAUCAAUACCAUGCCUACACGUGCCCUACGCUGCGCUGAUUCCGCACGUUGUCGACCCUACUGACUCACCACCCGAGGCAUCGUGGGAGGUGGACCGUCCUUUCGGCGCACCGGCGACGACGGCGACAAUGUCGAGGACGUAUAAAACUGAGAGCCAACCUCGCGCCGAAUUCAGUGGGCUUGGUGGCACCAUCCGAGACGCAAUGCUCAAUCUUUUGUUCAUCUCCAUACAGGCCCCUGUGUUCCUCGCCUUUGUCACCCUUGUUAGAGCGGGAAACAUCUUUGGCGGUGGUCAGCAGUAUGGUUUCCAAGGCGCAGGUUUUCAAGCCGGAGGUUUUCGAGGACCACUGUACGCUGCGGCUGCUACUCCUGGUGUCUCUGCUGCUGGUGCCGCUUACCCUCCCCAACCGUACAGCUUCGGUUACGACACUGCGGAUGAAUUUGGCACCCAGCUUUUCCACAAGGAGCAAGGGGACGCAAGCAACGCAAAGACUGGCUCGUACGGAUACCGUGACGCAAACGGCCUCUUCCGCACAGUGAAGUACGUGGCCGAUGCCAAUGGAUUCCGUGCCACUGUGGACACCAAUGAGCCCGGCACCGCUCCGGGUGCCAGCGCAGACGCCGUGUUCAACGCUAACCCUGUUGCGGCACCUGCCGGAGCGGGUGGUCGCUAUGCUGGAGCGGGUGGUCCGUGGGCUGGCUAGACCCGUCACGUCAGUGCUACGUGGGCACAUGUCUCAAUACUGGACGCG